ACAUUUAUGCUUUUGCACGAGUAGACAGUUUGGAAAUUACGUUCUUACAAUAUAACAUUAUAAGUAUAUGACUUGAGAAAUGAGUAUAUUUGGUACAAGCACUAAUGCUUUUGGUGGGACUGGUGGCAGUGUGUUUGGUUCCACUACAGCAGGCUCACACAAUCCAAUGAAAGAUUAUGAAGUUGUUUCACCACCAGAUGAUUCAGUUAGCAGUUUAGCAUUUAGCCCUGCUUCUAUACAAAUGAAUUUCUUGAUUGCAGGCAGCUGGGACAACCAGGUCAGAUGUUGGGAAGUUCAAAAUACGGGACAAACUAUACCAAAAGCUCAGCAGACACAUCAAGGCCCUGUUCUUGAUGUAGCGUGGAGUGAUGAUGGUUCAAAGGUCUUCACAGCCUCAUGUGAUAAAAGUGUUAAAAUGUGGGACCUGAACAGUAACCAGGCCAUCCAAGUUGCUCAGCAUGAUGCACCAGUAAAGACAGUACACUGGAUAAAAGCACCAAAUUAUUCUUGUAUUAUGACGGGAAGCUGGGACAAAACUCUGAAGUUUUGGGACACAAGGACACCUCAACCUUUGAUGACCAUUAACCUUCCUGAGCGAUGUUAUUGUGCUGAUGUGUUUUACCCAAUGGCUGUAGUUGGAACUGCAAGCAGAGGAAUUAUAGUCUAUCAACUGGAAGGUCAGCCACAAGAAUACAAGAAAAUUGAUUCUCCACUGAAGUAUCAACAUCGAUGUGUUUCCGUGUUCCUAGACAGUAAAGGAGCACCAAGUGGUUUUGCUCUGGGUAGUGUUGAGGGCAGAGUAGCCAUCCAGUAUGUUAAUCCACAAAAUCCAAAAGACAACUUCACAUUUAAAUGUCACAGAUCAAAUGGAACAACCAAUGGAUACCAAGAUAUUUAUGCAGUUAACGACAUAGCAUUCCAUCCAGUUCAUGGAACUUUAGCAACCAUUGGGUCAGAUGGACGUUUUAGCUUCUGGGAUAAAGAUGCACGCACAAAGCUUAAAACAUCUGAGCAAAUGGAACAAGCUAUCUCUCGCUGCUGCUUCAAUGCUAGAGGAGAGAUAUUUGCUUAUGCUGUGAGCUAUGACUGGUCAAAGGGUCAUGAAUACUACAAUCCACAAAAGAAGAAUUAUAUUUUUCUGCACCCAUGUUUUGAAGAACUGAAGCCUCGUAACAAGAAGUAAUUUUGCAAGUGUCAAAGACAGAUUCUGUCGAAUACUGCUGUGUUGUAUUUCUGUGUACUGGUUUUGUUCUUUAUAUAUUUGACUUGUAUCUGAGUCAGUAAAAAUUUACUGAAGAAAAGAGAGGAUGGUGUUUUAAGUGAUAUGUGUAUGUCAUUAACUAAAACUAGAAAUUAUUUCACAAUCAUUAUGUUUUAUGUUUGUUUUUGAAUGUUUAGUAGUUUCAAUUGCAUCUCAGAAUAAUUUGUAUGUAUGUUCAUUGAACCAGAAAUGAUGUCUUUGCUACUGCCAAUUUGUGGCUAAAAGUUAUUUAAGUGAAAACAAAAGAUGGAACUGGAAGCAUACUCUUAUGUGUUUUUGUUGAACUGCUCUAGAAGUAUUUCAAAGAAGAAAAGAAUGUGUAUUUUUCACUUUCAGAAAUUUAAUCUUGGCUGUUUACUUUUGUCAAAACAAGAUAGAGACAAAGUAGCUUCUGUUACAAAAUAAUUAGCCCAAAUUAGUAAUUUUAAAAUUAAUAAAAGGAAAUAUACACUAAAUAACUGAAUGUGAUCAGACUUACACAUGUGUAAGUUUACUUUUAAUAUACACAUGCAGAAUAAUAAAAUAUAGGUAGCUGUUCUCUGUACAGUGUAUCUGCUUACAGUGUGUAGAAGAAAUAGUGUGUGUGUGUAUACAUAUACACACACACCUUUCAUUUUAACCUUAGGUUGUUUGGUCUUUGUUUCAAAUUUCAUGAUACUCCAGAUUUUAAUGCAUUAAUUUUCAACAGUCUUCAUACAAAUAUUCUGAAGUAGCUAAAAACUUGGUUUCAUAAAUGAAACCUGAUGUUACAAAUCUACAAAAAUCUGAAGAAGCAUAUAGUACUAUUCUAGUGAUCAUUCUGGUGGUUUAAUCUUUUUAAGCUUUAUCACUGUGUGUAAUAUCACAUAUAGCAAAUGUGUGAAAUCUAGUAUUAGAAAUGCUUUCAUUUGUGUAAAGAUUUUUGUUAGUGGUAUUCAUACAAUGUACAUAUUAAAGAUUGUAUCACUAGAUUUGCAAUUAUGAGGAAUAAAGCCAAGUAUAACCUUUUAUACAAAAGAUGUUUGUCUAAGGUAUUAGUGCCUUUGAAGUGAAGAAGACUAAAACUUCUUUGAUUGCAUUGUGAGGAAUAUACAAAGUACAUAAAAUAUAAUUUUAGGUAAGUUUGAAGAAUCAAUACGAAAAGUAUUCAUAUCUAACACAAGCCAGUAAGAAAUGUUGUAAAAAAAAUUAUGGUGUUUCUAUGGUGUUCACUGUCAUUAAAGGAAACUGUUAUUUUCCCUUUUAUAGGUGAAUUAUAGGGUUAGUAAAAUGUCCAAAUAAGUCUGUUUCUUUUCGUAUACUGUUAGUAUAUAUCAUUUACAAAUGCCUCUCAAUCCAAUAAUAUACACAAUAUUGGUUGUUUAUUGAAGAUUAGCUUCUCUAAACUGCUGUUGAGUUUUAUAAGAAAAAUAUCUAAGAAUGUUAAAUUAUAGGCUUUCAAACAUCAUAGAAUAUAAUAACAUAGUGUAAGUUUUUUUUAUGGGAAAAAGCAUGAUUCUCAGACACUUCAUAUUUUGUGUGUUUUAUUACAAAACAAAUACAUAACAGAUCACCAUAUCUUGAAAGUAGAUCUUUUGUUUAAUCAGUAGGAAAUUCAUUGCCCAUUUGUGUUGUUUCCCCAUAUUGUGGUUUUGGUCAGUUGUAAAACCUUGAUAUUUUUCUUUGAAAUUACUACACAUAUUUAAUUGAUUGAUUUACAUUACUCAAUCUAAGUACAUAAGAAGUAAAAGCAUUAGCUUCUUGUUUAAAUGAAGUAAAUAGAAAAAUGUUUAUUGUGGAGUAAAAGAUAAUUGCAAACACAUACAUUUCAGAAGAAACAUAUUUUGUUUACUCCAAUCUAGAAAAUAGUUCCACUAAAAGUAUUAUUUUAAUUGGAAAAUAUAUUGAUAUAAACUAACUAUAAUGUUCACCAAAAGUCCACGUUCUUGAUUGAGAAAAAAUGAAGAACUAGGAUGACUCAAAAGGUUUCCUCAUUGAGUUAAAUAGAUUAUUUGUUUUCAAAGGGUUGUCUCCUGGUUUCAAAGAGUCAAUAAGCAAUAUGGCUGCAUUCUCAGGAGGUUGAUAUUUUUGGGUCAAACAGAUUCUCCCUAAGCUGGUUAUCUAUCCAUGUUCAAAGAAAUAUAAAUGGUGAAUAAAUGAAACUAUGACAUUGUAGAACUCUAAACUAAACAUUUUAGGAAAGGAAAAGUGGUUUGUAUAUGAGCCAAAUUACUUACUCUGGAAUGAAACCAGAUGUGAUAAGGUACAUCAUGUCUACCAUGGCUAAUUUGCUAUUGUUUUAAGUGUACAUAAUGAUUUUUAUUUUUUGAGCAAAUGAAUGAGGUAAAUAAAGGUUGUCAGUAAAUUUU